UCAAAUUAAAAGCCCCUUAUAACCUCGGCUGAGAGAAUCCCUCCAUUUUCUAAAUAGGCUUUUAUUCUGAAACAUUUGUCAGAACUUCCUGUGGAAGAUACAGUAGCUUGACAGUUUACGUAUGGCACUUCAAAUGUAGCUCCUGCCAUCUGCUGACGCUUUUAGGUGACUACAACAACAUGUCGGCUGGCACAUGAACACACACAGUGACUCAAAUAAUAGUAAAGUAAUAAAAAUAGGACAAGAAUAACCCAAUGACAUCACACACGCCGUGAAAGAUGACCGGGGAUAAUUGGUGAGUACCAGCGUGUAGCGUGUACCAGGCAUAAUGCAAGUCCUGAGUCUGAAAUAUGUCUGUCAGCGAGUCCUACUCCACCUGUUUAGACUCCACCGUAGACAACGGCAGCAUUUCUCCGACCACGUAGCGAGCCACAAGCUUCAUGACUUCUUUCAGACUGACAGGUUUAACGUUAUCUCCGUUAUUAGAACCAAACAACAGCCGUUGCUGUUUCGGAGCUGAAGGAGCAGCAUCCUAAAAGUAACGGAAGUAACUGAUGUCUUGUUUGAAAAUGUACUCAAGAAUUUGAUUACUCAAACAGCAAACUAAUACGUUAGGUUACUCGUUACUGCGUUACUUAAUAACACGUUAUACCCAACUCUGGUGCUGUGACAGAACAUCAGAGAUGGUAAAUCAGCUGUUCAGUGAGAAUAGAAAACAUUCAUCAGCUGUUUCCCUCUGGGCUCAUCAUGCUCUGUACAGACCGGACCUGUCCACCUCCUGCUGUGACACCUUCACUGACCACGCUGACACACCCACAGGAAAACUCUGUGUUUCACCAGCUUCCUGUUAAAACAACAUAACACAUCCUUCCUCACUGGCGGACUGACAGACUGUGUCUCCGCCCCACGUGUAACAGCAGCCUGGAUCAAACCUGCUCAGGGCAGAAGCUGGGAAAUAAAUCUGGUCUCUUCCUGACAGAAAUCUGCUGUUUACAAAGUUCAAGAGACAUCCUUUGAACUUGUUCAUGGCUGUCACUCUGUCAGGUUCAGUAAAGACACUGAGACCAUGUGCACCCAGAGACCGUGUCCCAUCUGGUCUGGACCUAUGAACAUCAUCAUCAUCAUUACAGGCCGGUUUCAUGACUGUCACAGUUUUAAAAAGCUCCUCCCGCCCUUCACUGAGACACAAACUGCUGAGUGACCGUCAGGAUGGAUUCAGCACCAACACAUGAACUGACAGAAGAAAUAAACAGCUUGAAUAAGAAUCAGUUGUCAACAUGAACAUUCAUAGACUUACAAAAAGCCUUUGACAUGACUGAUCACAUUAAAAUCAGGCAUCAGUUUGUUCAGAUGGGUGAAUUUAAGUCAUCAUGUGGUCACAUUACCUGUGGUGUCCCCCAGGGGUCAGUACUGGGGCCAUGACUGUUUCUGUUAUAUAUUAAUGACCUGUGUGUCGGGUUACACAAACGCUGAAGUUUGUGUUAUUUGUGGUUGAUACUGAUAUUUAAUGUUCCUGAGAGGACUGACAGCUGCUUCUGACACAGAUCACAACAGACAUCAACAAACUGUCACUGAAUCUGACAAAAACAAAAUAAUGUCAUUAAAAAAAAAAAGUGUGUAGGUAUGUGCAGUUCGGGAUCACAUUCAGCCAAAGCUGUCAGGGAGCAGUGCAUCAUGGGAAAAUCCAGACUCACACUGGACCAUAGAUCACUGUGAUCAUCUACUGCUCCUGUUAGAACAAGAGAUAAUUUACUUCUGAGCAACAUUAAAAACGGUCGAGAUGUCAUUUAAAUAUUAAAUCUAAAAACACAGAGUGCUGGUGCAGCUCUGCUGAGACGAGAGGUUUUAUUUUGCAGCCUCAGAGUGUGGCUGAUGUUUGAACUCUGAGCUCACUGUGAAACCUUGAUGAUGAGCUGCAGGUGUGUGUGUGUGUGAGAUCACACACAGGUGAGACUCGUCAGAGCUCCACCUCAGGUGAGAUCAGGUGAGCGUGAUGAUGAUGAAGAUGAUGAGUGAGUCAUGAUGCUGCUGCUGUCUGUCAUGUGUCUGCUGCUCUCAGACGUGACGUCAAAUCAUCUGAAUGUGACAGUGAAUGAAACUCUGCAGGGACAUGAGACGUUCUCUGGACUCUUUGGAUUCACAGAGCUGUCGGGGGUUCGUCCCUUCAGUCCGGAGCAGGAGCUGGAGUCCAGGAUCAUCGGGGGUCAGGAGGCCUGGGCUCACUCGUGGCCCUGGCAGGUGUCUCUUUGCUUCGCGUCCAUGCCAGCCUGCGGAGGAGCCGUCAUCGGCCCCAUGUGGGUCGUCUCUGCCGCUCACUGCUUCAAGAGGUACAACAAAGCUUCCUUCUGGACGGUCCUGGCUGGAAAACACGACCUGGAUAAUCCUCACGAGCCGGGACAACAGCUGGUUGGAGUCGCCAUGAUCAUCAACCAUCACGGCUACAACACUCGCACCAAAGAGAGAGACAUGGCGCUGCUGAAGCUGCAGCAGCCGCUCGUCUUCAACCAGUUUGUCAGACCCAUCAACAUCUGGCUGACCCCACUGCCGCCAUUCAAGAAGUGCACCAUCACUGGCUGGGGCUCCACCCGAGAGAAUGGAGCUCGAGUGAACAGACUGCAGGAGGUCAACGUCACCAUCCUGCCCCUUGAUGUCUGUAACCACUACUACCGCGGCAGGAUGAGACCCUCCAUGUUCUGUGCUGGGAGGGAAGAAGGAGGAGCUGAUGCGUGCCAGGGGGACUCUGGAGGUCCUCUGUCCUGCUUCACCGGCAGCAGGUACGAGCUGGCAGGUUUGGUGAGUUGGGGGAUCGGCUGUGGACGAGCCAGGCGACCAGGAGUCUACGCCAGACUCCAGCUACAAAUUCAGUGGAUGUCUGACAUCAUGAGUGAUCCAGGUAUCAUGUAUACUGAUGAAAUCACAGCUGAAGAGGACAGGUGUGGGAAGCAGCAGCAGAGGUCCAGCUGUCAGACGCCUCCAGGCCUCGCUGCUCUCUCAGUGUCCCAGGACGGUGACGUGUCUGUGGGGAACUUAGCAGAGUCCUGCCCCUUCUUCUGGCCCUGGCAGGUCAGCCUGCAGUCCAACGGACGCCACUACUGCAGUGGAGCACUGAUCCACCGCCGCUGGGUCCUCACCGCACAGCACUGCGGUGCCAGAGCUAAAGAGGACGUGGUGGUUCUGGGAGCUCAUGACCUCCGCUUCUCAUCGUCUCAAACCGUCCCUGUGGACGAGGUCUUCAACCUGCCGCAGGACGGCAGUUUCCCCCCGAAAUCUGACCUGUCGCUGCUCCGCCUCAGCGUGCCCGCCAGAUUCAGCUCUGACGUGUCUCCAGUUUGUGUCCCUGAUGAAGACGAGGAGCUCGAUGACAGCUGGUCCUGUGUCACGACAGGCUGGGGAACCCCGAGAGCAACAGCGGAUGUUGAUCCGGAGCGGCUGCAUCACGUCACGCUGACUCUGGUGAACCAGACGAGCUGCAGGGAGAAAUGGGGAGGAGGACUCAUCACUGACUCCCACAUCUGUACACAUCCUGCAGGCUCCGCCUCCUGCAUGGGCGACUCUGGAGCGCCGCUGCUGUGUCGGAAACGUGGUGCCUACUUCCUGUUUGGCGUGGUGACGUGGGGCAGCAGGCGGUGUGAUGCAGACAAACCGGCUAUCUUCUCCAGAGUAUCUGAUUACCACUCGUGGAUUACUGAGCUGACUGAAGACAUCUGAACGUUUGUGUUGGAGAAUAAACUCUUUUAACUGGAAGCUGUUUGUCGUCUUUAAACUGACGGAGACUCAACGUUCACUCAUCAGCUUCUCUGGAGCUUUUAACCACAUCACAUCAUCUUCAUCAGACAGCUGUGGAUUUGAUUAUGACAUUAGUAUUAAAAUAUAAGCUCUGGAGAAGGAGAGUGAACUUUGAGUUAGGAGGGAAAAGUGUUCAGAUUAUUUUUGGUUUGUUUCUGGCUCAGACUGAGUGUGCGUUCACUCCAGUCCUGUUCGGUUCGCCUGUGCAGGUGUGAACACACCAAAGCAACCGGACCGAGACCUUCUUGAAGAGGUGGUCUCAGUCCGGUUCCAAAGGAACUCUGGUGCAGUUGGUUUGUGGUGAGAAGGUGUUGCGACCUGGAUGUGAAGCAACUGCAGUCACAUGACACAUUGUUUGGGUUAAACAUGAGCAUGUUACAGUCCUGGAGGAUUAUUAAUGUGCACCUCCUCCUGUACUGCCUUAAUAUGCACAUUCAGCACAUCCAAUGCAUCAAAACAUUGUUUUCUAGUUGGAGCCGCGUUUGCCUCGUUUUCAAACUGUAUGCUUUGACUAAAAUGAACAAUGACAGCAAUAUAGUCCACGAUGAGCAGCGCUAAAAUCAACCUGCGUAGUUGUCCCUCCAUUGUGACAUUAGAAAGUGUCACAUUUAUCUUGCAAGUGUACUCUUCUUCAACGUUUGCUUUACUUCCUGGAUUUUUCCCACAUGGAAAUUCUGACCAAUCAAGAGCAGCUUUCUCACACAAGGCAUUUGAUCUGGUCCUCUUGUAAAUGCUGCCGUGAGAACACCAACCAACUCUAGGCAAUUAUACAACUUUGGAACAACAUGAGUCCCUGAUUCAGACCAGAGGAGACCACUCUAGGGCUGACAGCAGCCUGAAGUAUUGUUGGUGCACUUUUACUUAAAAAAAAAAAUUCUUUAAGACAAAAACACUGACAGAAGUAAAAAUAUUCUCAUGGUCAAAUUAAUAAACUCAAUUCUGUUUGGUUUUGGCUCAU